AUGGGUUUUGAACUGCGCCCACGUUAUCGUACUGGGUGGAUCCCGUCGUGGCUCAACGCGAAAGAGGAGUCUAUUAUAUACGAAGAUUCACUGGAACACCUGCUACCCCAGGUUAUGGACGCCAAAAGAAUUAAGGACGGUACUACAGUCUGUCUCAAGGCCGUUUAUCGAACACCCAAAGAAGCGGAUAUUGCGAGAUACUUUUCGUCGCCCGACCUGUUGCAAGAGCCAGCGAAUCAUUCAGUACCUAUCCUUGACGUUUUCUGCGAUCCUUCUGCACCCGACUUCGAAUAUCUGGUGAUGCCACUACUCCGACCCUUUGACGAUCCGGAGUUUACGGUUAUUGGUGAGGUUGUGGACUUUGUAACCCAAAUUCUCGAAGGUCUGGCAUUCAUGCAUUCUCAUAAUAUCGCACAUGGGGACUGCACAGGCGCGAACAUCAUGAUGGACGCUCGUCCUAUUUACCCUCGGGGGUGGCAUUUUAAGGCCACUAUCUGUGCGCCUGAUGGGGUGACUUUCAUAACACCGCUGGCGCGUAUAGACCACCCCGUACGGUAUUAUUUCAUCGACUACGGCCUGUCCCAUCGGUUUCUUCCUGGCCAAUCGCGCUUUGUGUUGGAUUGGGGUGGUCGAGAUACGGACGUUCCAGAGUUAAAGAAACUUCAACCAUACGAUCCAUUCAAAGUCGACGUGUUUACGGUUGGUAAUAUGUUCUUCAAAGACCUUUACCAGAAAUACCUUGGUCUAGAAUCUCUUGCCGAUCUCAUCGGAUUUAUGAUGAAUCACGAUCCAGGGAAGCGACCCAGUGCUGAGAUGGCACUUCAGAAAUGGCGGAAAAUCAAGGCUGGACUAAGUCCUUCAACAGCUCGUUGGAGACUCCGUAAACCUGAUGAAUCGGUUGGAGAACGUGUCGUCCUUGAUACGAUCGCCGUCGCAAAACAGGUUGCGGACUUGGUAACAGCCUUCAACACGACACGGAGUGGCUCACGACCUUGA